GCAUGGUUACUACGAAAGUGCUGCCAUCUGCCCACACAAUCUCUAACUGAAUGGCUUACUGCAGAAACGAAGAAUUCACGUUUUAAUGGCGGAAAUGCAGAUUAAUGUAAAAUGACACGCAAACCAUGUUUCGUUUUUAAUUGUAAAUCUUCUUAUAACAAAGAAAAUGAAAGUCUUGCGUUUUUCCAUCCACCGAAGUUGUGUCUAAAUUCCUGGCAGGAAAUUAUUAAAAAGCCAGGACUCACUUGCCAGUCCAGAAUUUGCAGUAUUCAUUUUGAAGAGAACGACAUACUCAAAGGGAGAGAAAUUCAAGGCGUGUUUUACAGUUAUCCGAAAUGGAAAUUAAAAUCAGGUGCUCGGCCCAGUAAAUUGCUAGGAAAUGAUGUCAGCGUACUCGAAAGACCUGCUGCAAAGAAGUAUGUUCACAGUGAUAGGUUUAAGUCACCAUAUCGAAAUAUAACAGCAAAGUCUAAAGCUGCUAAUCCUAAGCUGCAGUUGGACAAUCAAUCAUUUUUGUCGAAUAACAACACCAAUGUAUUGAUCCCAUCACAUGCAAAGAAGUCAACGUCAAAUAGCAUAGCUAUACACCAACUUGACGCUGAAAAAGGAAAAGUAAAUGAUAUGGAAGCAGCUGAACCUGUGGCAUUACCAUGUGUAACAACAGAAGACAUGUUCCAGGAACCUACUACUGAAACACUCCUACACAUUCCACCUGAAAAAGAACUACAAUCUGAAUCUGAAUCUCAAUUCAGUCAUUAUUUAGUGAGAGAUAGUUACGAAAUUUGUAUGUCAAAAAUCAAAGUACUCAAUCUUUGUCCUUUUUUUUGUGACACACACCGUGCUGACUCGUAUCCUUAUUUAAUAAUGGAAUUCGUACAAGUUAGAUAUCAUUUUGAAUCAAAGCGUUUUCAAGAACGUAAUUUGGCAGAAGUUGAUAGUAACGUGCGACAAAAUUUCAAGAUGGCAAAACUUGCUUAAUUUUUUUUUUCUAAAUGUAAAUUGUAUGUAUGUUAAUACACAUUACAAGUUAUAAAUUGAA